AACACUAGCGCCCCAACCCUUGCCGCCUCGUGUCAACCACCCGCGAUCCUUACAUCCAUCCACCUCAACUCCGACCAACCCAUCAGCAUAAGCAUAUUAAACCAGCCAUCUCCCACUCCCACCACAUCAGGAUUAAAAUCCGCCUACCAAACCCACCCUCCGACCCUUAUCUCCCAGUCCAACACCUCCCUCCCCCACCAAAAUGAUGCCCCCAACCCAAGACCAAGAAGAACCGCGCCCAACCGUCCUCAUAACCGGCUGCAGCGCGCAAGGCAUCGGCUCCGCGCUGGCCCAAACCUUCCACGCGCGGGGGUUCCACGUCUUCGCCACGGCGCGCUCCCUGCCCAAAAUGGCCCACCUCGCCGACCUGCCCCACGUGACCCUCCUGGAGCUGGACGUGACCUGCGCCGCGCAGAUCGCGCGGGCGGUCGCCGCCGUGCGCGCCCACACGUCAGGAAGGCUGGACUACCUGGUCAACAACUCGGGCUUGCCGCUGGUGCGGCCCGCGCUGGAGACGUCGCUGGCCGAGGCGCAGGCGCUCUUCGACGUCAACUUCUGGGGCGCGGUGCGCGUGACGCAGGCGUUCAGCGAGAUGGUGGUUGCCGCUAGGGGGUGUGUGGUCAAUAUCGCGAGUCUGGGGGGGAAUAUGCCUGUUGUUUGGAAUGCGUUUUACGCCGCCUCCAAAGCCGCUCUGAAAUCCUACGGUGAGACGCUCCGGUUGGAGCUGGCGCCGUUCGGGGUUCGGGUCGUCACGGUCAUGUCCGGCGUGGUGCGCACGCAGAUCUUUGAUAAGCAUCCAGACCUGCAGUUUCCGGGGUCGAUGUAUGAGCCGGCUACGGAUGGGGUGCGCAGGAUGGCGGCGGGGGAGUCGGUCCAGGAUCCCAUGGCGCCGGAGGAGUAUGCGCGGAGGGUGGUGGAGGAUUUGCUGGGUGGGAAGUCCGGGUUGGUGUGGCGCGGGAAGAUGGCGUCCAUUGGGUGGUUUUUGACGACGUGGAUGCCGACUUGGAUUUUGGAUCGGAUGGGGACGGCGGGGAUGGGGCUGGAGGAGUUGAAGAGAUAAGUAUUCGAUGGAUGUGGAUAGUAGGUGGUAUAUUGCAGGUUCCUCUGGCUCAGACUCAGAAAUGAUUCUCACUGUUGCCGAGUUGUAAAUUAGCUAGAUGAUAUAUGAACAAUCCACACUCAGCUACCGG